UGCAAAUUAAGCUCAAACAAUCUUUCGCACAUAAAACAUGGCGGACGAGACGGUGGUUGAAGCUGCUGCGAGGAUACCCAAAGUGGUAGUAGUGGUGUGCUUGUUGAGAGGAUACAAGGUGUUGUUGGGCCGGCGCCGCUCCUCUCUCGGUGAUUCUAUGUUUUCCCUCCCCGGAGGUCACCUCGAGUAUGGUGAGAGCUUUGAGGAGUGCGCAAUAAGAGAAGUGAAGGAAGAAACUGGUUUAGACAUUGAUCAGUUAGAGUUUAUAAACGUCACAAACAACUUGUUCUCUGAGGAAGGCAAACCAUACCAUUACGUGGUAGUUUCUAUGCGAGCAGUCUUGGCAGAUCAUCAACAUGCCCAGAAUGUUGAGCCAGACUUCUGCGAUGGUUGGGGAUGGUAUGAGUGGAACAACCUCCCCAAGCCACUGUUUUCGCCCUUGGAAAAAGCAGUUCAGGCUGGAUUUAAUCCUUUCCCUGUUUAAUCUUUAGCUAUGUGUGCUAGUAGCUUACAUACGUUUGUUUAGCCGGAGAUAAAGACUGGAUGUGAUUCAUUAUUUCCUGUCUGACAAGAAGAUAAAGACUGAGUUCCUAUUCAUCACCCUCAUCCCAUCUCAGUUCAAGCGGUCCUGACUUCUGCAUCGAAGCGCCUCCGCAACGAGAUCGACGGAUUCUCGACCGGCCACGUCCGCGGUAUCUCCCUCUAGCUCCAGGAGGAGGAGGACGACGACGACGAGCGGCAUGGACUUCGUCGCCAACGAGUCCGCCAUUAAAACCGAUGAGCUUCACCUCCUUGAGCACCACCAACAUCACCUCCCAUUAUGAUCAGAUCUGAUCUGAAAUAUGUCGCCGUGAAUGAUCAGAUCUGAAAUAGAUGCAUGUUUUUGGGACUAGAAUCGUCAAAAAUGGAGGAUGGGUUAUGAGAUUGAAUUUGGAUCUGAAUUUUCUCAAUGAUGAAGGUUUCUGAAUUUUCUGGAAAAAAAAAAAAAUUCUUUGUUUUUCUUAUCUUAUCUUGUUCC